AUGAAGACUAAUAUAAGUAAGUUCAGGAGAUUGGAGAGUGCAAGGAAAGAUCUAAUUAAGGUACAAGAAAAUUGGUUCAAAAAUAUAUCUGGAAUAAGUAUACCAGAAGAUGUGAGGACUUUCUUGUCAUUGGGCCCUAAAUUCAACAUAACACCUAAGAAAUGUGAUCUAAACCUGGGGAGUUCGUUGGCUGAUGUUGAAGGUUUGGUAUCGGUUAGCCCACCAGAGAUGAGAAACAUUCUCACAUCAAAAGUAGUUAACGUAGUCACCAAUUAUGUACAUUCUCGAGACACCACCUAUGACCCAAUUAGAAUAAUGAUGAUGAACACCAAAAGUUUUUUAAGGGCACAUCAGGAGCUACUUGUGACGAGAUCAGAUAAGGGCAAUGUCUCAGUAAUAAUGAAGAAAAGCGAUUACAUUGAUUUGUCAAGGGAGCUUUUGACAGAUGAAGAACAUUAUCAGGUUUUGACCAGAGAUCCAACAAGCACAAUCCAACAAAAGUCAAAUAAAUUAAUGAUUAAAGUAAGACGUAAAAUAGGAGAUGAUUCAGGUAUUAUUAAGAAACACACUAUAUACAAUUCAAAAGUACCAAAAUUUUAUGGAUUACCUAAGGUACAUAAGCCUCAACUUGCUUUACGACCUAUAAUAUCGUCAUUAGAUGCUCCAACUAGCUGCAUUUCCCAAUAUGUGACAGAUCUACUAACAAUCUCGUACAACAGAGAUAAUGAAUUUUAUGUUCCUGAUUCCUUUUCAUUUUCAGACUUCAUAAAAAACUUCAAAUGCCCCCCUGAUUUUGUGCUGGUCAGCUUAGAUGUGGUCUCCUUGUUUACCAACAUACCUUUUGAAUUAGUAGAGCUGAGCGUUGUCAGACAUUGGAAUGAAAUUUCUCGGCAUACUCAGAUGUCACAGAACGACCUGUUGGAAUUAGUAAGGUUCAUCUUCGACAACACCUAUUUCACAUAUCAAGGAAGAUAUUACAGGCAGACCUUAGGUGCUCCAAUGGGAGGUAAACUUUCCCCUAUUUUGGCACAAUAUGUGCUAGAUGAUCUUUUGACUUCGGUACUGCCCGGUUUGCCUUUUGUUAUGCCCUUUUUAAAGAAGUAUGUCGACGAUCUGAUAUGUAUGAUUCCAGAGGGAUCACUUGCUACAGUUCUGGAACAUUUUAACAGUUAUAACACCCACCUACAAUUCACGGCAGAAGAAGAGGUUGACAACUCCAUACCUUUUUUAGACAUCAGGGUGAUAAGAAUGGAAGAAGUGUUGAGGACUGAUUGGUAUAACAAGCCUAGUAGCUCUGGCAGAUAUUUGCAUUAUAGAUCUUGCCAUCCUCAAAAUAUGAAGCUAAAUCUAGUCACACAGAUGAAAACUAGAGUCUUAAGGUUGACACAUCCAACUUUUCAUAGUCAAUGUAUUGUCAAACUGAAAAAGCUAUUUGUAAUGAAUGGAUACCCGAUAAAAUUACUCAAUAAGUUACUUUGCAAUACAUCAUCUUCACCCCCAGUCGAAGUCACCAUGUCAUUAAACACUGAUGCCAUGAUAGACCGAGCUGACAUCGUUUACGCCACUAUACCUUACAUACCAGAGUUAUCCGAGGCUGGUUACCUUUUCCCGGAAACGGAAGGCAGAUUAACAGCCAUACAAGAUCAGGUUGUGGCCACCAGAGCAUAUCUAAAAAACAUAAUAGGGAAAAUCUGA